UUUAAGAUGCUUCGCAUUAUCCAACGUAUUCCUACUGAACGAUAUCUCUGUACUCUUCCUGUGAAAAAUCCAAAGCUUCACAGAACUAAAGAUCAGAGAGAUAUUACAAACAUGGACUUACUUGAAGAACAAAUUCGUAUUAAAAGCGCAGAAAAAAAUCGCGAAAUGACAAUACAAGGACAGAAAGUGAAAUGGGCUUAUCGAUCAGAGCUUGUCGGCCGACAUGACCUCGAUAAAAAUCAUCGUAAUACAUGGAUGGCUUACCUAAUCAUUAUUCUUGUCGGAUUCGGUGCGUUUGUAACAGUGAAAUCUCAGGUGGUAAUGGGUCGACGCCAGGAAAUGGAUGCUCGCGAAGCUCUCAGAAAGGAGCUGCAAUUGAGUGGAGACGAUCGAAAAAAGAUUGGAGUAGUCUGAUAAUAAUUCAUAUUGUUUUAUUGCGGGUUUCUUUAUAUAUUUUUUAGUUAGAACCCUAUUUUUGUUUUUAGAAAUAAUAAUUAGUUUGUUU